GGAGAGAAGGCUUGCAAUCACGAUUGGGAUCAUUGCUGGCGUGGCAGUACUCCUCAUUCUCCUCUCAAUUUUAUUGAGAAAACUAUGUCAACCCAAAGGUUGGAAAUAAAGAGAAAUAAAUUAAAUUUGUGGAUAUAGAAACCAAAAAUUUUCUUGCACAGACCAAUCACUCGCAGAUUUUCUUCUUCACACUCCAGUUUCCCAUUCCUUUUCCCUUUUGCAAUCCAUUUUUUUCGUAUACCCAAACUCGCAAUCUCAGAAAAUCUACGAUUUCUACUGCAAAGAUCAGAACUUCAUCCUGAAUCCAGCAGCUUCAUUUGAUUCUGCAUUUUCUUGAAGAACAUCUUCUACCCGGGCUUGUAAAUUUCUUCUUGUAAUUCGUCAGAUAAUGGACGACGUGAAGGGUAAAUUCAAAGGGUUCAUGAAAAAAGUCAACAAUCAGAUAUCUUCAUCUUCUUCUUCUGGAAAAUUCAAGGGCCAAGGCAGAGUUUUGGGGUCGUCUUCUCCCGGACCGGCCACCAAUUCGACUCCAAGUUAUUCGAAUUCAAGCUCGACCCGACCCGCGAAUCCCAGACCCGUUCCGCAUCAGCCAAAGACUCGGGAACAAAAGGCCGAUCAAAACCAUGAAUUCCGGGUCAACCCGGAGCAGAAAUGCCAUCAAAGACCAGAAAUUCCCGGUGCUGAUCAGAGAGAUGGGUUUGAUCCGUACGGCUCUUUGAUCACCUCUGGUAAGAGAAACCCUAAUGGCUAUGAACUGAAUGUGUUUGAAUGCCCUGUUUGUGGAAGAGGUUAUGGUUCAGAGGAAGAGGUUUCUGCUCAUGUGGACACCUGUUUGAGCGCAGAAAUGAGCAAAGCUUCUUCCUCGCCCAAUAAUGGCGCGGAGGAGAAAAGCGAGCUCGAAAUGCUUGUUUCUUCUUAUAUUUCCAGGAGCAAAAAUGGGUCUCAGGAAGUCAUGGUUAAGCUUUUGAGGAACAUUGUCAAGGAACCCGAGAACGCAAAGUUCAGGAAGAUCCGAAUGGGGAACCCGAAGAUAAAGGAGGCCAUAGCUGACGUGGCGGGAGGCGUGGAGCUACUGGAGUCUGUGGGGUUUGAACUGAAAGAUGAGGAUGGGGAAGUGUGGGCUGCCAUGGAUGCUCCACCCGAAGAAGAAAGGGUUGUUUUGCUUAAGAAGACGCUCUCGCUGCUGGACCCCGCCCAGCCUCAAAAAGACGAGAACAUUAGAUCUUCGGAUCUUGCUAAGGCAGAUGAACCAGCUGAACCAAGAAAAAUUGAUAGACAGAUUCGGGUGUUCUUUGCCGUGCCUGAAAGUGUGGCAGCCAAAAUCGACCUGCCGGAUUCUUUUUUCAACCUGUCACCGGAGGAGUUGAAAAGAGAGUCGGAAACGAGGAAGAAGAAGAUCGAAGCGUCCCAACUUUUGAUUCCCAAGUCUUACAAGGAGAAGAUGGCAAAAGCGGCAAAGAAGAGGCACGCGAGAACCGUCAUCAGGUUCCAGUUCCCAGAUGGAGUGGUGCUUCAAGGGGUGUUUCUUCCAUGGGAGCCAACCACGUCCCUUUACGAGUUUGUGAGCUCGGCGUUGAAGGAGCCGAGGUUGGAGUUUGAGCUUCUGCAUCCGGUGGUGGUUAAGAGGCGGGUGAUUCCACGUUUCCCGGAAGGAGGAGAGAGAGUGAGGACGCUGGAGGAGGAGGAUUUGGUGCCUUCGGCAUUGAUAAAGUGCAAGCCCGUCGAGACUGACUCUGUCGUCUUCACCGGUCUCUCUAAUGAACUGCUCGGUACGAGCGAGCCUCUUGUGUAAUACUCCUUCUGUUUCACAAGACACUUUCGUCCUAAUUUUUUGCGCACCACGUAAAACGUUUCUACUCCGCCUGGAAUGUCUAAAAUGCCCUCAAAACAACAUCCACUCUGAAUAAACUACGAAAUGGGGGAGUGUGCUUUUGACGUUUUAAGUUGGAUAGAAGUGUUUUGAAAGAUGACACAUUACCUAAAAGAUGACACGUUCCGAAGUGUUUUGUGAAACGGGGGUGAGUAAUAUGACAUACAUAAAAAGAGUGGUAUAUAGCCACCACCUAAAAUAUGUUGCGGAGCAUUGAUGAUGAUGGGUGGGCUAUGGAUAGAUAGAUAUUCUUCUUCCUUGUGUCAAAUUACUCACUCGAUUUAAUUCAUAAUAAUAACAAUUGCGUGUACAGUUGUAGUACUUGUUGGGCGGUGCUCCUUGGACCACACGGCAAGAAGGAGAGCAAAUCCCAUUCUAAGUGGGAUUGCUCUUGAUUUGUUUCCUUGUUCAUAUUUAGUGAUUUGUUUCCUUGUAGGAAUAGAAUUCCUUUUGUGUUUUGGUCUUUAUCCUCUCCUAUAAAUAAAGGAGAAACUCCUUGUACUUAGGAGAACAAUUCAAUAUACAGAAUAUUUUUUCCCUCUUAUCAAAUUCUACAUGGUAUCAGAGCAAGAUUCCUAGGGAAAAACCCUAAUCUAGACAUACGACGGUCCAUCACCGUCCUCCGCCGGUUCAAGCCUGUCUUCCGCCGGAUCACCGACAUCGACCGCCGGACUAUCCUCCUCGACCGUCGACAUGGCAGAAGUAGAAGAAAAUCUCAUCGGCAAGCUUUUCAAUGAGGAAGAAAAAAUCCCUACGAAGGGAAGUUCUUACGAACUCAAGAACGCAGACACACCUGGAUUAAUUAUCACCCAAGUCAAACUAAACGGUGAUAAUUAUGAAGAAUGGGCUCGUGCAAUGAGAAUUGCAUUCCGUGCAAAACGGAAAAUUGGAUUCAUCGACGGAUCCAU